CGCGGCCUCCGCCAGCCGGCUUCCAGGAAGCCCCGGGCCGGGCCCCAGCAUUGUUCGGGCCCCUGGUCAGCACCCCGGCCAGCCCGACAUCAUGAAGUCCAGCGGCCCGGUGGAGAGGCUGCUCCGAGCCCUGGGGCGGAGGGACGGCGGCCGGGCCGCCUGCAGGCCCAGAAAGCCCGAGCCGCACAGUUUCCGGGAGAAGGGCUUCCGGAAGAGACCACCGGUCUGUGCCGUGUGUAAGGUGAUCAUCGAUGGGACGGGCGUCUCCUGCCGAGUCUGCAAGGUGGCAACUCACAAGAAAUGUGAAGGCAAGGUGACUUCGUCCUGCCAGGCUGCACCUCCCGUGGAGCAGCGGAGGAACACGGCGCCGGCGCGGCGCAUCGAGCACCUGGGGUCCACCAAGUCCCUGAACCACACGAAGCAGCGCAGCACCCUGCCCAGGAGCUUCAGCCUGGGCCCGCUCAUGGAGCGCCGCUGGGACCUGGACCUCACCUACGUGACCGAGCGCAUCCUGGCCGCCGCCUUCCCCGCGCGGCCCGACGAGCAGCGCCACCGCGGCCACCUGCGCGAGCUGGCGCACGUGCUCCAGGGCAAGCACCACGACAAGUACCUGCUUUUCAACCUUUCAGAGAAAAGACAUGACCUGAACCGUCUAAACCCCAAGGUCCAGGACUUCGGCUGGCCAGAACUGCAUGCGCCGCCCCUGGACAAGCUGUGCUCCAUCUGCAAAGCCAUGGAGACGUGGCUCAGCGCGGACCCACAGCACGUCGUGGUGCUGUACUGCAAGGGGAGCAAAGGCAAGCUGGGAGUCAUCGUCUCGGCCUAUAUGCACUACAGCGAGAUCUCUGCGGGGGCCGACCAGGCGCUUGCCACACUCACCAUGCAGAAGUUUUGCGAGGACAAGGUGGCGUCCGAGUUGCAGCCCUCCCAGCGCCGCUACGUCAACUACUUCAGCGGGCUGCUGUCAGGUUCCAUCAGGAUGAACAGCAGCCCUCUCUUCCUGCACCAUGUGCUCGUACCCACGCUGCCAGCCUUUGAGCCCGGCACAGGUUUCCAGCCCUUCCUCAAGAUCUACCAGUCCAUGCAGCUGGUCUACACAUCCGGAGUCUACCACAUCGCAGGCCCGGGGCCCCAGCAGCUCUGCAUCAGCCUGGAGCCAGCCCUCCUCCUCAAGGGCGACGUCAUGGUGACCUGCUACCACAAGAGUGGCCGGGGGACCGAGCGAAGCCUCGUGUUCCGGGUUCAGUUCCACACCUGCACCAUCCACAGCCCCCGGCUCGCCUUCUCCAAGGACCAGCUGGACAAGGCCUGCUCUGAUGAGCGAUUCCCCUUCCACGCGUCUGCCGAGUUUGUCUUCUCUUCCAGCCCAGAGAAGACCCUAGGCAGCGCCCCGCGCAACGACCCCUCCGUGUCCGUGGACUACAACACGGCCGCGCCCGCCGUGCGCUGGGACUCCUACGAGAACUUCAACCAGCACCACGAGGACAGCGGGGACGGGUCCCUGACGCACACGCGGGGCCCCCUGGAUGGCAGCCCCUACGCCCAAGUGCAGCGCGCCCCGCGCCAGACCCCGCCGGCGCCCUCUCCGGAGCCCCCCGUCGGCCCCCUGCUCUCCGUGAGCAGCGACUCGGGCCACUCGUCCAUGCUGACCACGGAGCCCACGGCCGAGUCCCCGGGCCGACCCCCGCCCACGGCGGCCGAGCGACAGGAGCUGGAGCGGCUCCUGGGCGGCUGCGGCGCGGUGGGCGCGCGCGGGGCGGGGCGCGAGACGGCGAUCCUGGACGACGACGAGGCCGUCGCCCACCCGGGGGUCGCCGUCCCCCCGGGCCUGUACGCGGCCCCCCGGGCGGGCCUCAGCCGCCAGUACUCCUGCCGCCAGGGAUACCGCGAGUCCGGCGGCGUCCCCAACGGCGGCUACUACCGGCCCGAGGGGACCCUGGAGAGGCGGCGGCUGCCCUGCGCGGGCUUCGAGGGGCCUCCGGGCUACGCGGAGACCCCCGUGGAGAAGCGGCGGCUGUGCCGCUCGCUGUCCGAGGGCCCCUACCCCUACCCGGCCGACCUGGGGAAGCCGGCCAGUGCUGACUUCGGGUACCGCGCCCCCGACUACAGGGAGGUGGUCAUCCUGGAGGAGCCCGGGCUGCCCGCCCUGUACCCGUGCCCCGGCUGCGAGGAGAAGCUGGCGCUGCCCACGGCGGCCCUGUACGGCCUGCGGCUGGAGAGGGAGGCCGGGGAGGCCUGGGCCGGCGAGGCUGGCAAGUCUCUCCUGCGCCCCGUGCGCCCCGGGCACCCGCUGCCCCUGCUGGUGCCGGCCUGCGGGCACCACCACGGCCCGCUGCCCGACUGCACCUUCCUGAAGCCGCCCAAGGCCAGCGAGGAUGCGCACGAGGCCUGCGCCUACGGCCUGUGUCCCGAAGGCCGAUUCGGGCACCCGGGGUACCCGGCCCUGGUGCCCUGCGGCGGCUACGGAGGAGCCGUGCCCAGCUUCUGCCCCGCCUAUGGUCGCGUGCCGCACCGCUGCGGGUCUCCAGGCGAGGGCAGAGGCUACGCCAGCCCCGGGAUCCCCUCCCCACGUGCGGGCUCCGUCUCCCCGGGCAGCCCCCCAUACCCGCCGUCCAGGAAGCUGAGCUACGAGGUCCCUGCAGAGGAAGGAGGGGACAGGUACCCCCUGCCUGGCCACCUGGCCCCAACAGGACCCUCAGCUUCUAGAGACUCCCCCGAGCCAGUGUCCUGGAGGGAGGCCCCCAGCGGGCACGGCACCCUGCCCCGGCCGCCCCGAGAUGCCCAGGGCAGUGCCUCAGCAGAGCUGUCGGGCCAGUCCACCCCCCUGCACACCAGCAGCCCCGUGCAGGGCAAGGAGAGCUCACGGCGGCAGGACACCAGGGACACCAGGUCCCCCAGCUCGGCUGCCCCUCAGAGACAGAGUUCCGGCGAGUCCCUGCCACCUGUGUCCCCGGGAAGUGCCGAGAAGGCUCCGGAGCUGCCCGCCAGGGGGGGGCUGGAACCAGCGGCCCCUCACCCCUUCUCCUCAGCCUCGCCUCCCCGCUCCCCCAAUGACUGGCCUCAGGAGCGGAGCCCCGGGGGGCGCUCGGACAGCGCCAGUCCCCGGGGCCCUGUGCCCACCACGCUGCCAGGCCUCCGCCACGCCCCCUGGCAGGGCCUUCGAGACCCCCCGGACAGCCCAGACGGCUCCCCCCUGACCCCCGUGCCCACCCAGAUGCCUUGGCUGGUGGCCAGCCCGGAGCCACCUCCCAGCUCUCCCACGCCUGCCUUCCCCCUGGACAUCCGUGGCCCUGGCCAGCCCCCACUUCCUGAGAAACGCCACCCCCCAAGCCAGCUACCGGGGCCUGGCCCGCAGCCAGGACCUUGGGCCCCGGCACAGACAUCCCCGCUGGGCCGAGGCGCCAGUCACCACGUCACCUUCGCGUCUCUGCUCCCCGAGAACCCCCCCCAGCUCCCAGAGCCCCCCCUGCAAGAGAGCCAGAGCAACGUCAAGUUCGUCCAGGAUACGUCCAAGUUCUGGUACAAGCCACACCUGUCGCGCGACCAAGCCAUCGCCUUGCUCAAGGACAAGGAGCCGGGGGCCUUCCUCAUCAGGGACAGCCACUCAUUCCAGGGGGCCUAUGGCCUGGCCCUCAAGGUGGCAACGCCCCCGCCUAGCGCCCAGCCCUGGAAAGGAGACCCGUCCGAGCAGCUGGUCCGCCACUUUCUCAUUGAGACUGGGCCCAAAGGGGUGAAGAUCAAGGGUUGUCCCAGCGAGCCCUACUUCGGCAGCCUGUCGGCGCUGGUCUCCCAGCACUCCAUCUCCCCGCUCUCUCUGCCCUGCUGCCUCCGCAUCCCCAACAAAGAUCCCCUGGAAGAGACCCCCGAAGUCCCUGCGCCCAGCAACAUGAGCACAGCCGCAGACCUCCUGCGCCAGGGAGCCGCCUGCAGUGUGCUCUACCUGACCUCGGUGGAGACUGAGUCGCUCACCGGCCCCCAAGCCGUGGCCCGGGCCAGCUCGGCAGCUCUGAGCUGCAGUCCCCGCCCGACCCCCGCAGUGGUCCACUUCAAGGUCUCCGCCCAGGGCAUCACGCUGACCGACAACCAAAGGAAGCUCUUCUUUCGCCGUCACUAUGCUGUGAACAGCAUCACUUUCUCCAGCACGGACCCUCAGGACCGGAGAUGGACCAAUCCUGACGGGACCACCUCCAAGAUCUUUGGUUUCGUGGCCAAGAAGCUGGAAAGCCCCUGGGAGAACGUGUGUCACCUCUUCGCAGAGCUCGACCCAGAUCAGCCUGCGGGGGCCAUUGUCACCUUCAUCACCAAAGUGCUCCUGGGACAGCGGAAAUGAAGGAGCUGAGCCCGCCACACCGCACCCCUCCCGGCACCUCACAGCCCUCGCUUCCCCUGGCCCCGGGCAGGGGGGGAGUGGACCCCCGGCUCGGCCCGCGCCCGCCCCGCCCCCGCUGCUGUGCUGAGUGGUCGCGCCGGGGAGAGGACCCUGCACGUGAGCAGAUGGCAGAGAAGGGUCGAAGCGUGAGGAGGCCUCCGCAGCGGGGCCCUGGACAGAGGGGAGGGGACAGCCGCACCGGCAGGACGCCAGCCCCCCACCCCCGAAAGGGAAACGGACGAGGGGCGGUGUGGGGAGGCCGGCCCGCGUCCUCUGCUGCCCCUCCAAGCAGAGAGACCGGAGUGGAAUCUCAUGGAAAGGGAGGGGAAAGAGUCUAUUUUUGUCUAAUAAUAAAGAUUUCUAUAACUUUG